AUGUGUGACUUCAUCCGUGUAAUGUUUGUGUUUGUGGUUGUUACAGGAGCCUUCGGAGCAGCAGAGGACAGAUCUGUUUGUAAAAUGCUGGGAAGCCCAGAGGUUCCUCUCCUAUCUAAGAAAGGUGAUAUUACUAUCGGAGGAGCUUUUUCCAUCCACUCUCAAAUUUCACAGCCUUCACUGUCCCUGACAAAUGCACCCAAGCCUCUCAUAUGCUCCAGGAUAAAUUUCAGCGAAUUUCGUUUUGCACAAACAAUGAUUUUUGCCAUUGAGGAGAUCAACAAUAGCAGCUCUCUACUGCCUAACAUCUCAGUGGGUUACAAGGUGUUUGACACCUGUGGUUCAACACUGCAUUCCACACGUGCGGUGAUGGGUCUAAUGAAUGGACAGGACAGUGCUCUGGGAGGAACCUGCUCCGGUCAGUCAUCUGUACAUGUUAUCAUCGGAGCCUCUGAGUCCUCGUCAACCAUUGUGCUGUUGCAACUUUCAGGGAUUUUCCAAAUACCUGUGGUCAGUCAUUUUGCCACAUGUGCUUGCUUGAGUAAUAGAAAGGAAUACCCAUCCUUCUUCAGAACCAUCCCCAGCGACUACUACCAGAGCAGAGCCCUGGCAAAGCUGGUAAAGCACUUUGGAUGGACGUGGGUUGGGGCAGUCAGGAGCGACAAUGACUAUGGCAAUAACGGAAUGGCAACGUUUAUCGCAGCUGCAAGCCAGGAGGGGGUUUGUGUCGAGUAUUCAGAGGCCAUUUCAAGAACCGACUCCGAUGAAGAGGUUGCUCGGGUGGUCCGAGUGAUUCGUAGUGGAAGCGCAAGGGUUUUGAUUGCUUUCCUUGCUCAGAGCGAGAUGAACAUUCUGCUUGAGGAGGCCCUGAAGCAGAACUUGGUUGGGUUACAGUGGGUGGGCAGUGAGUCUUGGAUUACAGCGGGCCAUUUGGCUAAUAAGAGGUAUGCUGGCAUUCUAAUGGGAGCUCUGGGUUUCACCAUCAGAAAGACUAAGAUUAAAGGCCUGCAGGAAUUUCUUUUGAAGGUUAAUCCAAGUCAAGACCCUGGCAAUAACCUGCUAAAGGAAUUCUGGGAAUCGACCUUUGAUUGCAGCUUUCAAUCCAGUCUCAGCGGUCAGAGUCAGUGCUCUGGUUCAGAGAGUCUGCGGGAUGUCAACAAUUCUUUCACAGAUGUGUUGGAGCUAAGAAUCUCUAACAAUGUGUAUAAAGCUGUGUAUGCUGCAGCUCAUGCUAUGCACAACUUGUUAAAAUGUGGAAAAAAUGGUAAAUCAUCUGAUCACAGCUGCAUCUGGAGAAAUUAUUUACAUCCAAAUCAGAUUGUGAAACACCUCCAAGAUGUGAACUUUACCCUUCAAUCUGGGGAAAAAGUGUAUUUUGAUGAGAAUGGAGACCCUGCUGCUGCCUAUGAGCUGGUGAACUGGCAGACAAACCAAGCAGGAGACGCUGUGUUUGUGACUGUAGGAAGCUAUGAUGCUUCACUGCCAAAUGGAAGACAGUUUACCAUGCAGGGAAUAAAUAUAACAUGGGUUAAUGGAUCCUUGAAGAGGCCGCUGUCUGUCUGCAGUGAGAGCUGUCCAACAGGUUUUCGACAGGCUAUGAUUAAAGGGAAACCGAUCUGUUGCUUCUCCUGCAUUGCCUGUGCUGCUGGAGAAAUAAGCAACUCAAGCAAUUCUGCAGAGUGUUCUCGGUGUGCACUGGAGUUCUGGUCAAAUGAAAAUCACAGUCAGUGUAUUCCAAAGGUGAUCGAGUUCUUAUCUUUUGGAGAAACCAUGGGGGCCCUUCUCACCGCGUUCUCUUUGUUGGGAGCUUCUUUAACUCUGGCGGUGUCAUGUGUCUUCUUUCGGUUUCGUCACACUCCCCUGGUCAAAGCCAGUAACUCAGAGCUGAGCUUUCUGCUGCUCUUCUCCUUAACUCUGUGUUUCCUGUGUGCCCUGACCUUCAUUGGCCAGCCAACUGAAUGGUCCUGCAUGCUGCGACACACAGCUUUCGGUAUUACAUUUGCCUUAUGCAUGUCAUGUAUCUUGGCUAAAACCAUCGUAGUGGUGAGAGCCUUUAAAACCACAAAGCCCACGAAUGCUCAGUGUUCUGCUCCACUUCAGAGAACAAGUGUUUUCAGCUGCACUUUACUGCAGGUGUUGGUUUGUGUACUGUGGCUAACUAUUGCACCUCCGUUCCCCUAUAAAAAUACAGCUCACGCCACUGAAAGGAUCAUUUUAGAGUGUGAUUUAGGCUCCCCUGUAGGUUUCUGGGCUGUGUUGGGGUAUAUAGGACUCCUGGCUUCGCUGUGCUUCGUUCUCGCUUUCUUGGCUCGAAAGCUGCCUGAUAAUUUUAACGAAGCCAAAUUCAUCACAUUUAGCAUGCUGAUCUUCUGUGCAGUCUGGAUCACUUUCAUCCCAGCAUAUGUCAGCUCUCCUGGGAAGUUUACUGUAGCUGUAGAGAUAUUUGCUAUUUUGGCCUCAACCUUUGGGCUGUUUUUCUGUAUAUUUGCCCCAAAAUGUUACAUUUUACUUGUGAAACCAGAGAGAAACACUAAAAAACUUAUGAUGGAAAGAAACCUGUCAAAUUAG